AUGGAUCCGUGCUAUUACAAUACCGGAAAAUUGACAAGAGAAUCCGAUGUUUACGCGUUUGGGGUUGUGCUGUUUGAAGUGUUGUCAGGGAGAAAAGCGGUGGACAGAAGCUUUGAUGAUGAAGAGCAAUGGAGUUUAGCAGGUUGGGCUCAAGAGCAAAUCAAACAGGGAAAGGGAAAAGUCGAUCGUAUUAUUGAUCCGAGACUGAUGGGGCAAAUCUCCAAAAAGUGCUUGAAGGAGUUUGCAAGCUUAGCAGGUCACUGUUUGCACACGCAACCCAAAAACCGCCCUACCAUGACGGAGGUUGUCAUGAAGCUCAAGUCUAUUCUUUCACAAGAAUUGAAAAGCAAAAGCGACAAUUCUGUUAUUGAUGAAGAGGGAUUCAUUAAGAAGCUAAGAUCUAUUUUCAAAGGUAAAGUCAAUGCAGCAGCAACAGGAACCAAAUCUGCUUUGAUUCAACUUGAUGCUGCAAAUAGGAAGAAUACGAAUCAAAAUACCUCAAAGUCAUAG